AUGGCGGGCUGCUCGCUUGAGGUCGAGGGCUACGCUACACUGCCUGCAAACAGCCAAAUACUUGUAACAAGGUCAAGUAGUCCAGGCGUCCCUCCAAGCCCUGUCACCGUCACGAGAGCAAAGGAUACAGGCAAUCACACGACCAAAGGUCUAUAUGUGACCGUCGAGGAAGCUAUUCGAAUUAUUCAACAAUUUCGAUCUAGUUAUUGGCAUAAGGAUCGUCAGGUCCUGUGGAGUGGUAUGCUGCGUGAAAAUGCUCAAAAAUGGGCCGAUGAGCAUGAAAUGCAGACUCUGACCACAGCUAUGGGUCCUAACUAA